AAAGCAUUGGAAACAUCGGGGGCGGUCAAGUUAAUUUUGCGACGUGACCUUUGGUUUAGUAUGAUUUUAGCUUUUCUUCGUUCACAGUUGGAUGUCCCAUUGUAUUGCUUAUGGCUCAUUGCUGUGGCUUUUCUAUGUGAUUUGAACACCGUCUGUGGUGCUAACUUAGAUGAUGAUUUUGCAGAGUUUGAGGAUCCUGAUGAUUGUAAGUGCUCGAUGACUAGCAAACCAGUUCAAUGACGAUUGUUAUUGAACUGGUUUGCAAGUAGUCUAUGAUAAUUCGUUUUGUGACUGGGAUUUUGGCUGCCGUUUAUUUUUAGUCCGUUGUCAAUUCUUGACCAUACAGAUGACAAAAGUAUUUUGUUACAUGAAAAAUGUUUGACGGUCAUAUUGCCAUUAAAGUCAAAAUUAAUCGACUUCGAUCAUACAUACCUGCCUUCAAUUUUCUUAUUUUAAACCACUGGAAUGAUGUAAGACGGCGACGCUUUAACAAAUCACCGAGUUUUAUGGUAGCUAACGUUCAUUGUUAUACCUUGUACAAUAUGGAAAUUUCUACAUCCACUUAAUAUCCACCAGUUCUUUGUUAUGCCAAACGUUUUGUAUGUCUUUGUGGGAUGACUCCUCUCACACAUUUUCGGACAAAAUGCAGAUACUCCAGUUUUAAUCUAAAGAGAUAAUUUAUAAGUAAACUUUACUGGCAACUGCCUGAGUAAUGAUUAUAUAUUAACUGGAUUAUACAACCCAUCACAUUCCUCAAAAUAACAGUUCCAAAAGUUUUAUUUGUUGCAGGCAAGUAAAAAGCUCUGGUUUUUUGUAGGGAACUGACUCAAGAGGAUCCCCACCAACUUAACGGACUCCACACAUUGAAAUCCCUUCAUUCAACACUAUCUUAUUAGCCAUGUUUUCAAGCUGUUAGUGAUGAGUCACAAGCACUAGACAGUAAAUCGAAAUUGCAAGAAAAAUGUUGGCUUUAAUUGUUAAAGUAUUUUGUUUAUUGUUUUAGAAUACCUCUGCUAGCCUACUUGUCAUGAUGCCAAAGGAAUGAUAACCUAAACGUGGCAUCCAUCUACAAAUUUAUUGGUAGUUACACUGCGCCAUGUUCGUCGGUUUUGAUUACCUGAUUUGGGUUUGAGUAAUUAUCAUAAUUAGUGUUUAGACAUGACUCAGUAGACCGGGUGCAUCGGAAACUUUUAGAGAGCUGUUUCAUCCGGAUCUGAAGUGUUCAUUCCAGUUUUUCUUGAAGAUAUCUAUGUUUAAUCUGACGAGAAAAGAUCCCCGAUUAAUUAAAAAUAAUGAAGUAGGGCUGUGAAAUUGAUAAAGGGUGUUGUACUCGAACUAUUUCAUGAUUAAGUUGGUUGUACUCAUUCAUAAGAUAAAUUUAUUUGACUUUACCUAGGUUAGUGUAAAUUAUUUUCGUAGCUUGUAUUAUUGUAUAGUUACCUUAAAUAGUACAGACAAGCAAAUAUUAUAUAAACUAAACAAUUCUCAAGUUUGUAGUACAAGAAAUGGAUUUCGAUUUAGUGGUUACUGCGUCACCUAAUUAUUAAUAAUGGCUCAACUUGUCUCUACGUAAAUCUUCGUUGUUUUUGUACCGGGAAAUUGAGGGUUUAUGAACAUUAUCACUGGACUUCAUAAACUACAAACGAAAAAGAUGGAACUACUCAACUGGAUUGAUAGCGUACAUUGGUUUUCUAAGAUUCAUGCAAAAUAAUGAGGUUAUUGUCAUUAUUUUCUAUUAAUGUCCUAAUUUCCUGAACAUUGUAGCUUUUACUGCUGAUACCACAGAAUCUGUUCCUGUCCAAUCGGCCCGUCAGCACAAAGCUGAGAAUGUCGAUAAAAAUAUUUCAGAAAAUAGUUUCUCUCUAAACACUGGGAUCGAUCGUGAUGGCGAAGCAGUCUUUCACACAGCUAAAUCACCAACUGAUGGAGCAACCGUAGAGGAUAGCGAAUUAGAGGAAGAGUCAGAAGACAUGAGACUUGACGAUGAUGAAGAGUUUGAGGGUUUGUCACCCAAUCAACCAAUUCUAAAUACCGAUAAAACAAAAAAUGGUAAACGAAAUCUGAUAAUUGCAAAGGUCCCACAUCAUCUUACUCGUUCAUGGGACAAUUUUCAUUUGGAAAUGCUUUUUGUACUAGCCUUAAUGAUAUAUACGUUGAAUUUUGUAAUCGGACGUUCCAAAAAUGCACAGUUGGCAAACACUUGGUUUUCUGCCCAUCAGCCAUUAUUAGAAACUAAUUUUGCCGUAGUUGGUGACGAUGGUCUAGCUGAACCUGGAACUGGGACAUUGAUGAAGGAAUCAGAACAUUUAUAUUCUCUUUGGUGUACCGGAAGUGUACACUGUGAUGCGAUGCUAAUUGAACUGCGUUUAGUCAAGCGUCAAUGUUUAUUCUUCGCAAUUGCCAACUGGAUAAGACCGGUUCAUGAUAGCAUUGUAGUGAAAGUAAUUAUGGACGAUUCUGAAAUGGAUGGUUGGGUCAUGGCGGUUGGUCGUAAGCGUCGUCUUCAAGCAUUAGCAAAAGAUCAUCAAGAUUUAGCUGUAUACUGUCCAGACAAACGUGGACAACGGCAUUCAUACCUACCAGAAUCUUUCAUGUUUUUAAAUGAGAUUCCAGAAGUUAUCCCGGCAAUUUUCAAUCCUCUUGUUUGUAAAUUUCUGAAUGAUUUUGAAGAAUCAAUCGAAUAUUUAUUUUUCUCCGAUCAGUAUAGUGGACCGAAACCUCCCCAAGAAGAUACAAAUACCCCUACAAAACCUCCAGUUACACAGAAAGCGCUUAUUUUUGCUUUCAGAUAUGUUCCAACAACAACAAAGUCAAAAUCUUUCUCAACAUCAUUUACAUCAUCAAAUAAUAAUGGUAAUGGUAAUCUUAAUAUUCAUAAUCAACACCAUCAGCAACCAAUCGAAUCGGCUACUGCCUUAUUCCAUUUUAUUUUUUAUGUGAUUGAGAAAGUUCGGCGAUUUCGUCUUAGUAAAGAGGGCAAGGCUAAAUCUGAACGAAAUAGGCAACGUGCACAUGAUUCACAUCUUAAGUUAAUGCACAGUCAACGACAGGAAGCAGCUCAAAAUCGUCGUGGUGAACGCCUACGAGCUGCUAAGGAGCGUAUAAUGGCUGAGGAUGAUCCUGAGAAAGCUCGAAAGCUUGAGGAGAAAGAACAACGUAAAGAAAAAUCAAAGAAAAUGCCAAAAAUGAAAAUGCUCAAAAUGAAAUAAUAGCAAUAGUAGUAUUAGUUGCCGACGUUUACGAAAGAUAAUAUCAUCAUGCCAGAUAAGUGAAGAAUGUUUAAAAAAAAGAUAAAACAGCUCGAAAUUUGGAUGGUACUAUUAAUCGAUAUCAGUACAAACACCACACCCAAAUCAACCUAAUAUGUAACCUAACUCAAAAAUUUUGUCCGGCUAGUCGUUGUUUUUUUUAAAUUAUAUUGUAGUGUUCCUUCCAUUUAUCAACACCCCCCCACCAUUGUCUUUUUAUCCUUCUGUUCUAAAAAAUUCAUCUCAUUCGUUUUUUUUUGUUAAAUAAUAGUCACCUCAUCACGCACAUAUACACACAUACCAAAUAUAUAUGUUUCCUCUACACAGAAAUUUAAAAAAAGAUUAUAAUAAUUACAGUAUUCUUUUGUAGUCGUUUGCAUGAUUUCCUCUUCUAUACCAUAAAUUGGUACGUUCGUGUGUUUGAUAUUGACUAUGAAGUAUAAAGUUCAUUGGUGCGUACAAAUAAUAACUAUCCUCCUAUAUUCUUUAUAUUAUUUUUUUCCACUCUAUCCUAUCCUUGUGCUUUAAGCGCAAGAUAUAUAUAUAUAUAUAUAUAUAUAUAUAUAUAUAUAUAUAUAUAUAUAUAUA